AUGCCCCGAUCCAACUCAUCAGUAGACAGCCCAAAAAAGACCAAGCAGAAGAAAUUGACUGAGGAAGAGGUGCUGGUCUUAAAAUCUCACCUAGAAGAAUGGAAGGAAGCAGCUGCUGAGGAUAGAAAAAAGAUUAUGAAGGUGGUAGUAAAAGAGGCCAAGGUUCAUGCCCCUACUAUGGAUGACCGGUUAUUGAAGAAAAGGAAAUAUUCAGUGAUAGAACAACUGCGCAAGGAGGAUAUCAUCGAAAAGACUGGAGCAAGGCCAGGAUCAAAGACGUUUAUUGAAAGAUACCAGUCAACCCUCACUGCAAUCAUGGCCAGUCUAUCUAAAGAGGAGCUAGAGGAAGCUCAGAAUACUGUGAUCGAAUGGUCUGACAAGGCUCCUCCUGCAGCGGUCCAGGCGGACUUUGCAAAGAAGAAAGCACCCGGUAUGAUGAAGGAUCUGGCAACCAAGUUGUGGAAGCAGGCCGGUAUGAGAAUUUUCAUAUUAUCAGCAUGGAAAACAGAAGAAGACGAAGUCCGGUGUCUUGUUACUUAA